GCCAAGCGGAAGGCAGAGGCAGAGCGCGACAACGUGCAGCAGCAGCUACGUGCAACCAAAGAGGAGCUAGAUUCUCUUCGGCAACGGGUUGAGACGCGACGCGCGCAGAUCUCCGGGCUGUCCCCGUCAAACAAGCCGAUGGCGGCGGGCUCUACAGGGCACGUGCAGUCCUCCCCGCAUAAGGCGGCGUCCCCUCUAUACACCGUGACUGCAGAAGAGUACGAAGCUGUUUCCACAGCCAAGCGGAAGGCAGAGGCAGAGCGCGACAACGUGCAGCAGCAGCUACGUGCAACCAAAGAGGAGCUAGAUUCUCUUCGGCAACGGGUUGAGACGCGACGCGCGCAGAUCUCCGGGCUGUCCCCGUCAAACAAGCCGAUGGCGGCGGGCUCUACAGGGCACGUGCAGUCCUCCCCGCAUAAGGCGGCGUCCCCUCUAUACACCGUGACUGCAGAAGAGUACGAAGCUGUUUCCACAGCCAAGCGGAAGGCAGAGGCAGAGCGCGACAACGUGCAGCAGCAGCUACGUGCAACCAAAGAGGAGCUAGAUUCUCUU